GCGUGCACCAGUUUUUAUAGGCAUCAGGGCAUGCGCAGUAUCAUUUAGCCCCUCCCUCUGUUUCUGCAGACGCUGUUGAUCCAACACAACAAACAACACAGAACUCUUGUGAGUGAGAGCAGAAGCCACUGUAGAGGCAGACACAGGAGGGAUAACUAUGUUCUCCUCUGCCCGUGUGUUGGUGGUGCUGGUGUUAGUGUGUGCAGGAACACAUGCACAGGAGGUGGACAUCUCAGUCUCAGUGAACAGUAAUGAACUGGAUAUCAACAUUGAAAAUUAUAAUAAUCCCUGUGAUGGACACGAGUGCCGUACUGGAGAGAAGUGUGAGCCAGUGUUCACUCCACAGCUCAUGCAACUACCAGUAGCACACUGUAUCUCAGUCAAGCAAGACAGUGAGAGUCCUUGUGUCGAGUACCAUGUCAAUGCUAACUUACUCAGCUGUAAGACAACCGAGCAGUGGGAGAAGGUUGGAGACAAUCAAUGCAAGCUGAGAGGAGAGCAAACACACAGCAUGCUAACAAACACUCAGGUGUUGUAUAAAUGCCAUAGCAUGUCAUUGGAACGAAAGUACUUGAGAGCAACUUUCACUUGCUGCUCUACACAUACGACAGUCCCACCAAGCCCCCCAAAAGAUUCUCAAAAACCUGGCCUGGAGAAGGUAGCAUCUCCUACCAUCCAGAGCACUGAGGCUGAGCAGAGCUCACAUUUGGGCAGGCAUUUAGUUCCUGUUCUGGUGGGGUCCCUGGUAUUGCUGACCAUAGUGGCACUUCUCCUGGUGGUCUGGCAAAGGAGGAGCAGUAGACGUAGGAGGUCCCAAAAGCCCAAGGUGGCGUUUGCUACUAGUUUUGUGAACCCAGCUGCUGAUGAGCAUGACACACAUGCUGACUGGGUGUUCAAUCCUCUCGACACUACCGACAAGUCUCUACUCAUUGUCAACCCCAGCAACUAGCCUGGGGCACACAGGUGCCUGGUAUUAACUAACACUGUAUAAUUAUUAUACUUUAUUUUACUUCGUAACUUAUAUUAAUUUUUAAUUAUGGCAUUUCUUUGUACAAUACUUUUUAACAUCACUAAUAAGAUAAAGUUCAGUAUAAUUAUAACACAAGAAA